GACCAAGACUCUUUCUGCAAGCGGAGCAGCCUGGAGUCAAGCUCACUAGCAGGGAGGAGGAGGAGAGGAAGAGGAGAACGCGCUGAACAUCUGCGACCCAGAUCCAUACACAUCAGUGUGUGUGUGUGAGAGAGAGAGAGAGAGAUCCAGACCGGAUGAAGGAACGGUUCUGUUUUAGUUGUCCGAGCUGUGUUCUUGUGAAACCUGAGGAGAUGAGCUGAAUUCGACGGCCCCAUGCAGUUUCUCAGCACACUUCUGUCUUGCAGCGUGGUCAAUGGAGGAGCUGAAGCUUGUGAGACGGCUGGACCGGUGAGUUGUAAUUAGCUGUCGGAUGAGAUGAGGGCGGCGUGGGCAAACUUGGCGGCGCUGCUGCUGUUGUGCACUUGUGCAGGCGUGCUGCGCUUCUGGAACGGCUUGGAAAAGCGUUUGGAGAGGAACAAGCGAAGCGUCCGAGACCACACUCUACUCCAUCCUGCUUAUCCAGACUCCUCUCCGGACCUUUCUGGAACUUUUCGGGCUUUACUCGCCGUUCCGACUCGCUCCAGAUUGCAAUCAGUUCGCAACACGAGCGAUGGUGAAGCGGGCUCGUUAGCGAGUCAGGAGAACGGACCUGGCUCUGAGCGCGAGAGUCGUGCAGCACAAAACCGAACCGAGCAGGUUAUUCUAGAGGACGGGAUCUUCUGGAGUCAGCGUCUUGAGGAUGGCGUGUCGGUGGGCUUUGUCCAAGAAGACGCCCGGGCAUGGAGACACAGAGUCAUCCGAGGCCGAGUGGUGUCUCUGGAACCGGGCUGCGGCAGGACGUCCAACCAGCUGGCCACCUUCUCGGACGGAUCGCGUGCGUGUGUACGUUAUGGCAUCAAUCCCGAGCAGGUGCAAGGAGAAACGCUGUCUUAUUACCUCUCCGCUCUGCUCGGGAUCACCAACGUGCCGCCGCUCGCGCUUUUGCGCCUCGAUGGCGAGCAGUGGACGCGCGUGAGGCGGCGCAUGGAGGCGCUCCAGUGGACACCGAGCGCCGUGGUGUCCCUCAGCGAGUGGGUGUCGGAUCUAAGCCCGGCAGUCGUGCCUGCUCCUUUUCACCGCUCCGGAUUCGGGCUGCGACCGCUCGAACCCGAGCUCCAGAACAAAAGCAGAGCGCAGCUGCUCGAGCUCGUGCAGUGGAGCGACCUGGUUGUGUUCGAUUACAUCACGGCCAACUUCGACCGGCUCGUGAGCAACCUGUUCAGCCUGCAAUGGGACGCCAAAGCCAUGCAAAGAGACGCGAGCAACCUGCUCAGGACUCCCCGCGGCGGCUUGGUGUUCCUCGAUAACGAGGCCGGGUUAGUGCACGGGUACCGCGUGCUGGACAUGUGGGAGAAGUAUCACAGCGCGGCGCGCGCCUCCGUGUGCGUGUUCAGGAGGAGAACCGCGCGGCGCGUGGCCGAGCUGCACGAGCGACGGGACGCGCGCGCGCGCCUGCUGCAGCUCUACCGGAACUCCGAGCCUUUCGCGUCUGAUCUCGGCUUCCUGUCCGACGAGCACGCCAAGAUACUGCAGGACAGAAUAGACAGCGUUCACGAGCACAUUUUGCACUGUAAAGAAGAGCACGACAAAGUGUAACGAGCUUGUCUUUCUGCUGUUUUUUGUUUUCUCCUCCUCCUCUUCUGUCGCGCGCAUCCUGCUAUCACAUUAGUAUGGAUAAGGACUGCUAGUUACCAAGGUGACCAUUCCAGCACGCGACCCGUGAACUGUGUUCAGUGUGACUUCUGAAGAUCUGGACUCGCUACCUCCUGUAGGGACAAACCUUUAAACGUGGCUAAACAGCCUAGCUUUUGUUCUUCUUCUUCUUUGUAUAUGAGUGAUUCCACGCUUAUGGGUACUGAAAUGGGGACAUGAACUUAUUCACCUAAAACCAUUUCUUUUUUUACCAUCAUCAGGUCACAAAACAUGUAAUCUUUAAUGAAUGAUAUGUUAAAAGAUAACUUUAAUUUUCUGAGAUGUAAUAAAAACAUAUUUAUAUGCCAAAGUCAACACUGUAAAAAAAAAUCUUGUCAAAUUUACAGUGAAAAACUGGCAGCUGUGGUUGCCAUUUUUUCACCGUAAAAAAUACAGUGACACUGUAUAUAGCUUUACGGUAAGGUAUAUCAACACUUGUAAAAACAACAGUUUGAAAAUGUUCAAUUUUACAGGUAUUCAAUGUACAAUAAUCAGUACAUAACUGUUAAUUUUACGGAUAUUCAUUGUACAAUAAACAAUGAUGGUUACAAGCAGUGAUCUACUAGACAGAUAUAUAUAUAUUUUUAGAAUUUUUUGGGGCUUUUUUCACCUUUAUUGGAUAGGACAGUGCAGAGACAGGAAAUGAGCUGGAAAGAGAGACGGGGAAAUGACCUCAGGUCGGAAUUGAACCCAGGUCCCCAGAUUCAUUGUAUGACACCUUAGUUGACUGAGCCACAAUGGUGGGCAUGUUUUUGUUUUUUUAACAGGGCAAUGAUGUAAUUUUAACCAUCACAUUCUGUUUUAGUCUUACAGUUUGUCUGUGUUUAAACUACAACAAUUUGUAAAUUAUACAAAAAAAUAUGAUCAAUCCAACAUAUUCUUACUGUUAAAUCAACAGUGGCAUUUGGUUAGGAGUUUUACAGUAUAUUGAUGUAAAUUACACACUGCUUCAUUGUUUUUGUAUUUACAGUUUUUUUAUGUCAUGAUUUUACAUAAAUUCACUGUUAAUUCUACGGACAUUUUUUACAGUGAAGCCUAUGAGUUCCAAAAUGAUGUCUGUUACAUUACUUCUGUUACGAUUGUCCAUCUCGCGUCUGUUACAAAUUAAUUACAAUCUAGCUAUAUACCAUGUUAAUCUUAUUGAAAGAACGUGUAUGUUUAUUCUACUACACAUGUUUAUUAAUUAUAUUUGCUAAAACAUCACCUUCCUAUGUUUCAAAAAGUAAUUCUACAUUGUUAAAAUUGAGAAUAUAUAUGUCCACAACACUUCUGUUACGUUCUGACU